AUGCAAAAGAUCACCCAUACAAACAAAAAGAACAAGAAAAAAAGUAAAAAUUUUUAUAAUCAAAUAUUACUCAUCAUGAAAUUCAACCUAAUCAUUGCCAUCAUCUUUAAUCUAACGAUUGGCCUAACACUUGUGCCACUCAUUGAAAGUCAUACAAUUUGGGUCCAUAACAAAAUGUGGCCAGGUACAUAUGGCAUGCUUUCAAUCAUGCAAAAUGGAUAUGAAAUGAGUAAUGGAGGUUCAUAUGCUCACCACGGUUUUAGUGUUGAAGUGUUUGAUGAUAUAAAAAGUUUUAACCUUUCAUUCUAUGUCCAGCUUUCAGGUGAAAAAGAUAAGAAUCGUGGACCAUUCACAAAUGACCGGGAUUACGAAUGGAAAUUUACUGGUAGUGAAGAUAAUUGGGAUAUUGAAGAGCUAUCCUAG